AUGGAGGCACAGCAAGACGCUUUCCUCACAGAGCGACGUGAUGCAAAGGCUGUGGGCAUUUUGGAGCUGCCGGAGGUGACCUUGGCUCCCACAGCUUGCACGCCUGACGAGGAGGCCUCCGUGACGAAUGAGCCAACGGAGGCAGAGAGUUCCGUCAUCACAUCGAAGAGGCCCGAUGUUCAGCUUCUGGCUUUGCCGCCCACGUAUAGCCACGACCCAAGAGUGCUGCGACGGAUGUUCUUCGAUGAUGAUCUGAUAGAUUUUGGAGGACUUCCAGGCGCGGCUGGCGCUGACGGGAAUGACGACGGUGACUUUGUCUUCCAGGAAGAUGCUGUCUCUGGCGCCUCGUCGAAUCCAAGUGUGCCGACUCUGGAUGCAUUUUCGGAGGCGCCGCGAAGGAAACGUGGUUCCCGAGGAGGCUCUCAGAGGGCUGCUUCGGACAAGGACGCCAAGAGGUGGCGUUCGGGAGCUAUCCCGCCGGCGCCGGUGUUUGACGGCGACAUCGAGAAGGAUCCCUACUGUCUGCGACACUACAAGCGCAAGCUGGGCAGAUGGCUGAGGAUCACCAAAGAGUUCUUGCCGCCGAACGAACAAGCGCUCAGGGCUCUUGAGCAACUUCGAGGCGAAGCUGAGCUGGAGUUCGAGGAGGUGGACGACGCCAGGUUCGACUGCCCUGACGGCAUCGACAAGUUGCUUAAGGACUUAGAGGUUUCGUUCGGAGAGCGAGAACUGUUUCGUCAAGGCGGCACAAUCCGGGAGUUCGAGCAGGUGUGCCGGCUGCAAGGCGAAAGCGUUUCUGCUUUCAUCCGAAGGUUCCGCCUGCUGGAGCGGAAGCUCAAAGACAACCGGGUACCUCCGUACCCGGAACAGGCCCGAGUGGUUAAGCUGCUGGACGGCCUUCGACUAGAUGACAAGUCGGUCUCGGCCGUUUUGCUGGCCGCUGGCAACGAGUACAACAUGAACAAGGUCCUCGAGGCACUACGCAUACAGUACCCUGCGGGCAUGACCAUCACAGGUAUACCACGAGCACGCCAGGACCCGAGGACUUCGCGAGGACGUGGAACUUCUUCCUCGAGAUCUACGACCUCGACUGCUUCUACUCGAUCCGCGGCUUCGUCAAGGAGCUCCCAAAGUGGCCGGCGCUGGCGUCAGUGGAACGCCAAUGUAGAAGAUGAGGACUACGAAUGGUACAAUCCUGACGCUGGUGAGGACGAAACGUGGGACUCGCUGCAUGACGCGGUUUCAAAUGCUCCCGACGCCGAGGCUGACGAGUCAGGCCUUCCCGAGAUACCCGAGGAGGAGGCCGAGGACCACGAGGAGACUCAGCUCAACGAGGCCGAAGGAUGGGAUGAGUGGCCGGUCUCCGACUCGGUGGGCAAUGCUCUCGCCGAAGCCGCGCAGGCGCUGACGGUUACUUCGAAGAAGUUGGCAGGCCUAGCGCAGUCAAGAGGCUUCUACCAGACCAAGGGCGCUCCUUCUUCUUCCGGGAAGGGCAAGGGCAAGACGGGCUCUCCUUCGUCUGGGAAAGGCAAGGGCAAGCAUGGCAAGCCGGGCUCGAAGGGCAUUGGCAAGUCGAAGGGCAAGGGACGCGGCAAACUGGAUGCUCAAUCUGCCCUUCAGCAGCAAAGGCUCCAAGGCAGUUUGUGUCUUGGGUGCGGCUCUGCGGACCACUGGCUCAGAGACUGUCCGAACUUCAACGUGCAGAAUGCUCAGUUGGCGUCGGCCAGCAUGCCCGGUGUAUGCCUGGAUGCCGACGGGGCGGUCGAGAUUCACUCCAGCUGGACAACCUCUUCGAGCAAGGUCGACCUGGCCCCACCGGACGUUGAGACACUUCAUGCCGCUGUGCCGAGCAAAAAGAAGGUUUACUUCCAGUGUUCCGUUCAGUCUGUCGGUGAGUGUGGUCGCUGCCAAGGCCCCAGCCUUGCUUUCGAGAAGGGCAUUUGUUAUGGUUGUCUCCUUGUGGACACUUGGCUAUCCGACUUGACGAGUGGGGCAAAGAGUCCUUUCCCUGGCCCCCAAGCAGUGUACCACGUGACUUACCAGACGUCAUUCACCCGGCAGCUUUUGAUCGCCCAAGUGUGUUGGAAACUACGACAAGCCCAGCGCAACCUCCUCCGCAUGCCCCGAGAGGCACCUCCGCAAUGGCUGGUUCGUUGGCGAGCUCUACUACAAGGCCUCCUGGGCUUCGUGAACAGCGUCCAACAAAUGGUGCUGCUUUACUCAGUCACUCCGGACCUCGUCCUGCGGAACUAUGGGGUCCCGUCGACGGCUACCUCAGUGCUGAGCACGGUGGGAGCCAUAGCGGCUCAGACGGCCCUGACGAACCAGUCCUACAUGAAGAAGCCGGACCAAUGCAGCCAUCCCUCAGGACUGCGAGCGUACGGAGGCGGGGGCACCAAGGUGAGGAUUUGCGACGUGUGCGGUUCCCGAUGGGUGGUGAUGCCGAAUGGCAAUCAGGUGCCUGCGACUCCCAAGGCCUCACCUCAAGCAAAAACCCCGCUCGACCUUCCGGAGAGAGUGGUCCAAGCGCUGCGCAGGGAGCGAGAGAGCAAGAAGCCCAAGGCCAAGGCCGCAAGCGGAAGCCACCAGUACGACAACGAGGACCUCGGUGCAGCGUACCCCGCCUCCUUGCGUCCCUCCUCAACAUCCUGGCGGGGAUCUGUUCGGGCUCCUCCGGCGGCUAUGGCUAUGAGACGAUCCUCUCCGACGCGACUGACGGCCCGUGCGAAACCCACGGCUCCUCCACCUCCGAGUCAGCGUCGAACAUGGAUGGGAAGCCCACCGGCAUCGGACACGGACCGCAUGAGUGUGGACAGACGCAGUGCGGGAACCUACGAUCAGGACUGGGCAAACUGGGAGGAGCCAAACUUCUUCAUGGACAACCGCGACCAGCUGGAAGGCUCCGAGGGCAGCCAGUUCGAUCCCAACGACCUGAUUCCGGACGACGAGUAUAUCUUGGAUCAGGAGACCCGCUCUCCCGACGAGCCCCUUCUACCGGAUGACCGCGGUGCCUUUUCUGUGAAGCCGGGCAUGAUCAAGCGUGUCCUAGGAAAUCAAAGGGCAGUGCGGUCUAUGUGGUUGGUAGAACAGGAGGUGUACCUGAACCGUGCCAGGCGGGCGCGCUCUAUGCGCAACUUCCGCUCGGACCUCCUCGAGAUCUACGGCGGCAAUGCGGAGAUCACCGCCCAGGCUCUUCGAGUUGGACUUCGAGCCUUACAACCGGUUGAUAAGGUGUAUGGCUGGGAGCUACGGCGCAAGAGCGACUACGACCAGCUGGAGAACCUCGUCCUUCGACAUCGGCCUUACCUCCUGGUCUAUGAGAUUCCUUGCACCGCGUGGUCCAACAUCCAACCUCGUGAAGAACUACAAGUGUUGCGGGACCAACAGGACCAGGCCAUCAAGCGAAUGGUCCACUUGAUCCAGAAGGCCAAGUCUACCUACGGAGGACAUUUUCUUCUCGAGAACCCGGCAUACACCGACUUCUGGAAGCACCCAGCCGUUCAAAGACUGCGCCAAGUUCCUGACGUGAGUUUCCAAGUUGGGUGCAUGUGUGCCUUCAAUCUGAAGGACGCUUCGGAACGGCCCCUCAAGAAGCCGACGGGGUGGAUGACCGAUCUUCCUCGAGUCUUGGAACGAGUAGCCCUACCAUGCAGCUGCGCACCGGAUGCCCAUGGCCAAGUUCUUGGCGGAAACAGCCAGCGAGCCCAGGUCUAUACCAAGGAGCUCGCGGAAGCGGUGGUGCGUGGUGUACAAGAGUCCCUGGCAGCGGAUGGUGAUGAGCGAAUGAACAAGGCCACGGACGAGAACUACGCCACGGUGUACUUCCUCGACAUCAACCGGCACGAGGACUCCUGGCUACCCCUACUCAAGGAAGUUGACGAGCAGUUGAAAGGCAAAGUUCGACCCGACAAGGUCAUCCCUCUGAGCACCCCCUUCGGCGAACAGGUCAAAACAUUGGUGCCAUGGAAACUGGAGAGGCUGCAAGUCUGCAGAACCCCCAUGCAACGACGGCUGCCUCUGGAAGUUCUUCAAGCGGGCGCUCGCCAUCGGGGUGCGGCGCUCUGGCUCGCAGAUGGCAGCGUGAAGCUGGAGGCGGAAACUGUGGAUUCCAUCAUGGCCCAAUCCGCAAACAAGUUUGCUUCUCCUGUGCGGGCAGCGAUAUUCUUCUUUGGGUCAGCGCCAGACAGCAGUCUCAACCCGACGGAGAACGCCAAGCCUGAGCCCUCUGUGAAGACGGCCAAGCCGGAAGAGGACAAGAUUGAUGCGCCCCGGCUGCUCCUCGGUGGCUACUUCAAGUACUACGUCGAGUGCACACCAAUCUGGGGCACCCAAGCACAGCCACGCUCGUGCGACACCUUUCGCACUCAGGUGUGCAGGCGCGUGCAGCCCCCUCGACAACCACGGCCAGCAAAGCCCUACAACCCCCAGCGUUUCAACGAUAAGCUGGGACUGGAUGUGCUGUGGCUCAAAGACAUUCGGGGUAAGGUUCAUGCCUUCCUUUCCCAGGUCGAUGACGCAACGUGCUACCACGUCCUGAAUUACUUGCAGGAUCGCAGCGAAGAAGAGGUGAUGAAGGUUCUCAUCAAUGGCUGGAUGGCCUUUUUCGGGCCCCCAGACUCUUUGGUCCUCGACUCUGAUGGAUGUUUCCGUGGCUAUCGCUUCGAAACCUUACAAGCUCAAUGUGCCACUCAGGUCCGCUACGUCCCGGCAGACGCGCAUUACCAGCUGGGUCGUACCGAACGACACGGGCAGGCCAUCAAGUACAUAUGCCAGCGACUGGUCAGCCAGUUCUCUCCUGUCGGAGCUCAAGAGCUCAGUGUCAUUGCGGCGAUGUCCUCGUUCGCAAAGAACAAUUUAUUGAAUAGGUCGGGAAGUAGCCCCUGCCAGUGGGUCUACGGCCGGAACCAUCGUCUUCCAGGAGCCUUGCUGAGCUCAGGGGGAGGCAUAGAAGCAUGCCAGAUUGUCUCCGAUUCGGAGAGGCUCCGCCGGGUCGAAGCAAUCAGGGCGGCCGCGAUGAAGGCUUAUCACGAUUUUGAAUUUCACAAUUCUCUCCGCGUGGCCUUACUACGGAAGCCUCGUCCUUUCCGCGGUCCGUUCUUCGAAGGUCAGCGGGUGGCGUAUUAUCGCCAGAAAAACCCCAUGGACGGGGAAGGGAGCAUCGAGGGAUAUAGGCAAGGAACAGUGGUGGCCAUCGACAAGGGCACCCUUUGGCUUCGUAACACUCGUGGCCGCCUGGUUUCUUGCAGCCGUGAACAAGUUCGAGAUGUUGCCGGCGAGGAGGAGUGGUGGGCACCAAGUCAGUCGGACUUGGACCUCCUUAAAAAAUCUGACCAGGAUUUGUCGGACAAGCACUCCCUCGCCUUUCGCUCUGAGGACGUCCCCGGCCCAAGCCAAGAUCAGGCUGCGCUGGAUGUGUUGGACUCGGAGCUGCAGCCAAGCACGCUUCCGGUUCCCGAGGCUCCCGUACCAGCUCCACUUCCGGUGCUGGAUGCAAUUGGGCAACCUGUAUCUGGUGGUCAGGUUCCCUUGGUGGCUCCGUUGAUGCUGAUUCCACCUACUCCGCGGUCCGCUCCUGGAACACCAAGGACGCCCAGGAUGAAGACCAAGCUUCGGUCGGUUCCAGAGCAUGACAACGUGAUCCACUACCACCAGCGGAACAAGCGACUGCAUCAGCAGGACAACGUGAUCCACUACCUGGCGAGCUUCUUCUACGUCAGGCGCCACAUCUGGUCUACAGAGCGACUUACGUCUGGUCUUGGAGGUGUCGCUCGCACGACCGAGGAGAUGGAGGCCGAGUCUGCUCUUUAUGUGAAGGAGCGGGAGGCUAUGAGUCAGUUCUUUGAGGAUCGAGACCCGUCACAACCUCCCGAGCCUCACUCUGAGUUUGUUUCUGAGGCCAAUUUGGCCAGCGCAAAAACCCUUCCCGAAAGAAGCAAGUCAUGUUUGCAUCGUCUUGAAGUACUACGUCGACAUGGGCGGCACGAAACCCGCGCUCCUGGCUGGGAUGGCAGCCCCGGCGAGCUGCAACCGCUUUUCGGCCAGAGUUGCUUUCUCGCGGCAGCGGACAAGUUCGGGGAUCAUGAUGACGACCGGCCAGCCAAGGUGAAGGUGAAGUCUGAGGAGUUAGCAAAGCUUCUUCUGGAACGACAAGACUUCCGCCCUGCCGUUUGUCAUCAACUCCUGGACACCGUGGACAUGCCCGCGACGCAGAGGACAUGUCUGGGCAGCGCUCGUCCGGUUUCCGCCUUGGCAUUGGGGCUGUGUGCUCACGGGAACUUCAAAGGUAUAACUCGCCGAAGUCGUGACCACAGGCAGCUCAUCCGCUAUCUUCUGAGCUACAUGAAGAGCCAGGGCAUGGACGACCAGGUGACAUCCUUGUAUCUGUCACGGAACGGACGGGCUGCCAUGCACCGUGACAACCAUAACCUGGCCGAGAGUCUGAACUGGGUUUCCACUGUGGGAGACUACACGGGCGGAGCGCUGUGGGUCGAGAGCCGAUCUCCGGAAGUACCAGCAGAUGCUGUAUGGAAGAACAUCAACGGAGAGAAAGUCCCCGGCUUCCUCAUGGACCCUCACGGCAAGGCGCUCUCCUUUCACCCGAAGUGCAGACAUGAGACGCAGCCGUUCCGGGGCGAGCGCUACGCCAUCACCGCCUACACGAGCCGCAGCCGUGCCGCUCUAGAGCCAGAGUUACGACGCGAACUCCGGCGACUUGGCUUCAUGAAGAAGUCCAACAUCAGCGUUUACUACGUGGACGAGACCCAGCUGCAGAACGAGGAGAUGGACCUGGAUGACGUGCCCGUGCACCAGGCCUAUCCCUUGAAGGCGUGGCAGACACCGGGCGAGGGCGAAGCGGCGGUCAUGGAAAGCUCCAACUCCGAAGGCGCAGACGGCCCGGGAGAGUCCGUGUCACGAGCUCAAAAGCAAGCCCUCAAAAAGGAGCUCCCCUGGCAAGCUAUGAGCCAGGCCGAGAUUCCCAAGUUCGUGCAGGCCCUGGUGGACGAAUGGUCCGAAUGGCAGAAAUGGUCCUCCUGCAGGGCUGGAUUGAUGGCCAUCCUCCAAUGGUCUUCCACGAACAAGGUGGACCUUUGGAACGGAGAUUGCCAAUCGGCCUUCUUGCAGGGAGCUCCAGAUGAUGAACGCCCCACCAGCAUCUUCAUGAAACCACCAUCCGACCCCGUCAGCAAGCAGGCCAUACCGGACUGGAUGCGGCCAGACCUGUUGUACCGUCUGAGUGCACCUGUCUAUGGGCAAGCGAAUGCGCCGAGACGAUGGUACAUCCAUGUGAAGAAGACUCUUAUGGAUCUGGGCUGGAUUCCCCACACGCUCGAUCCAUGUCUGUUCUUGUAUGUGGAGCGCGUGAACGACCAGGACACAGUGACAGCAGUGCUGGGAUUACAUGUCGACGACCUCAUCCUGGCGGCGCUGUUGGGAUUCAACCACCAUCUGGAUGCGGUGCAUGCCUCCUUCACGUGGGGCAAGGCCUGGGACACUCGAGACUUCGUCUUUGUGGGACGAAGGAUUUGCCAGCACGAAGACUACAGCAUCACAGUGGACCAGUCCAGCUACGUUUCGGAGGUUCCCAUCACCCGCACCAAGCUGGAUCCCUCCGAGUCACUCUCCGAUCACCCGGAGCUCAUCACGGAGUUCAGGUCAGGAAUCGGAAGUCUACAAUGGCUCUCGGGCACUACGAGAGGCGACAUCUCCGCGGAUGUUUCCCUUCUGCAGAAACCACCUCAGGAGUUGAAGGUGGAGGACCUCCAGGAGAUCAACGCCGUUCUCCGCUACGUGAAGGCUACGAACGGCGCGUGCUUCAAGGUGGUCCCCGUGCCCAAGGAGGAGCUCAUGAUAGUGGCCUACGGGGAUUCUGGAUUUGGCAACGCGCCAAACGGCAAGUCCCAAGGAGGCCUGGUUGUGGUUGCCACAUCCAAGCGAGCACUGGAGAGCACGCAACCAGCAUCCUUGCUGGAGUGGCGAAGCUAUAGACACCAGAGAGUAUUGCGAAGCACUCUGGCUGCCGAAGCGGCUUCCCUCGACAAGGCGGAGGACUUCGGCCACUACCUCGCCGCCAUGCUCUCCGAGAUGUUCGAGGCAGGACAUUACGCGACCAUGAAGGCCCCCCUCUUCGAGGUUCUUCCCGUGACGGAUGCAAGGAGCCUUUGGGACGCAAUCCACCGGCUUACGACCUCCUUCCAGGAGAAGCGCGUGGAAAUUAGCAUAGCAGCCCUGCGGCAACAGUGCAGAAAUCUUCGAUGGGUUCCCACGGAGCAGCAGAUCGCCGACGUCAUGACCAAGAGGAACAAGGCGCUCCGUGACCACUUCAGGGAGUGGAUGGCUUCGCCAACGGUCACGCUGAUCGAGAGCCGUAGCCCGGAAGAUGCACAGUUGCCUGGCCAGGCCAAUCAGCCGUGGCGAACAGGCCAAAUAAAUAAAGAGGAGUGCUAA